AUGGCAGACGCCGACUCCUGGGUCACGCUCGUAUCGAGUGACGGCCACCGCUUCAUCCUGCCCCGCUCAGCCGCGCUCGGUUCCGAGAUGAUCAAGAACACCCUCUCCGCCGACUUUGUCGAGGCGCAGACGGGCGUGAUCCGGCUGGAAGAACAGCGAGCAGAGAUUGUCGAGAAGGUUGCAGAGUACUUGAUGUACAAGGAGCGGUACAGGGAGACCAAGGGCGAGAUUCCUGAUUUCAAGGACCGCGUCAAGCCAGAGAUUGCGCUCGAGUUGCUGAUGGCGAGCGACUACAUGGAGUGUUGA